UAAGGAACACAGAUGGGUUGCAAGUUGCAACUGGUAACACUGAAUGGCGAAAAAUGCAAACAUAGAAAUUGAAUUUUUACGUUCCAAAAUCUAAAUAAAUGAAUCGUAUUAUUUCUACGCAAACAAUUAAAUAGUGAAUGUCGAAUAUUAGAUAAUAUGACGAAAGACGCUCAACACUUGCUUCGCGCUUGGCGGCCAUGUCUGAAACUCGUUUGUUCCUUUACGAGUUCGUGUUGUGCUUUUUAUGAUUUAAAAAGGACUGUGUGAAUUGUUGUUUUAAUGCAAUGAAUUAAUUAGUUAAAUUAAGGACUAUGAACUUCAUCCAAAGUGAAGUGUUUAGUAAAAUUGAGAAUAUCGUUAGAAAACCCCUUUUUAGAAGUAUCUCGGACAUCGUAUUUUUAGUUCAUCCGCCAUAUUGGCGUUAAUAUACCUUCAUUCUGGGUGUCUUUAAUCAUUAUUGAGAUCCAGACGGAAGGUUCAGAACAUCAGCUGAUUAAAUGGUGAAGUAUUUAUUAAUGCAUAGAGUAAGAUACAAUUAGGUGCAAGCGCACCAAAAAUUAUUAUGAUAGAAAGGUUUAAUGUAAUAAGAGGAUAUAGCUGAUGCCUCUUAGCCAGAAAUUGGAUGAGCCUCUUGUUACAAUUGAGAUUGCUGAUUCCAGCACAAUGCAGCAGGCAGUUGAUCCACUCGCCACUACAAGCACUCCAGCGGUGGAGCCCGUAAAUGGAGCGCCAUCGGAAGAGUCACCGCGCCGCCAAGGACGAGUUACUAAUCAACUUCUGUUCCUUCAGAAAAAUGUAAUUAAGGCCGUGUGGAAACAUAAAUUCGCAUGGCCUUUUCAUCAACCUGUAGAUGCUAAGAAAUUAAACCUCCCAGAUUACCAUAAGAUUAUUAAGAAGCCUAUGGAUUUAGGAACUGUUAAAAAGAGAUUGGAAUCAAAUUAUUACUACUCGGCUCAAGAAUGUAUUCAAGAUUUCAAUACUAUGUUCACAAAUUGCUAUAUCUACAACAAACCUGGGGAGGAUGUGGUUGUUAUGGCGCAAACGUUAGAAAAAUUGUUCCUAAAUCGGAUAGCACAAAUGGACAAGGAGGAGAAAGAGAUUGAAGUGCCAUCGAACAGCGCGAAGAGCGUGAAGAAGCGUUCCAGUUCGAGUGUGGCGCCGAGUGUUCCAGGAGCACGGGCCACGCCGGUCAAGGCAGUGCCGUCGACUCCUCUUCCGGCCUUUGUGGGCUCAACCAACACCACCACCACACCCACAUUGGCCGCGCCCCCUACGCCGCCCGCUACGCACGCUGGAUUGCCGCAACAGGUGGCGACGCAACCCUCUAACUUUCACGUGAGCCAAGCGGCCGCACCACCGGUCCAAACCAUGCCUGCGGUCGCCUUGUCGCAGACGCAACCAGCAAAGGUCAAAAAGGGAGUUAAGAGAAAAGCGGAUACAACAACGCCGAUGGGAAGUUCCUUUGAAGGUGGUUACACAACGCCCACUAUCGACCAACAAGGUGGACCUAAGCCAGCCAAAAUCUCCACAAGAAGGGAAAGUGGGAGACAGAAAAAGGCUGGUAGAGUCGCCGACGAUGGGUUCAAAAUGGGUGGAGUGUCACCGGGAGUAGGCGGCGCCGGCGCGUCUCAUCACGCCGGUACGCCGCAACUGGCCAAGAACAAGGAGAAAUUAUCCGACGCCCUCAAGAGCUGUAAUGAAAUACUAAAAGAAUUAUUCUCUAAGAAACACUCAGGCUAUGCCUGGCCGUUCUAUAAACCUGUGGAUGCCGUUCUACUUGGUCUACAUGACUACUUUGACAUAAUCAAGAAGCCUAUGGACCUUGGAACGGUGAAACAGAAAAUGGACAACAGAGCGUACAAAACGGCAGUGGAAUUCGCGACGGACGUCCGUUUAAUAUUUACCAACUGUUACAAAUAUAACCCACCCGAUCACGACGUGGUCGCUAUGGCGCGAAAACUGCAGGAUGUUUUUGAAAUGAGAUACGCGAAAAUACCAGAUGAGCCGAUUCAUGCGGGAGUACCUCACAUAGACAAAGGAAGUUCGGGCUCUAGUUCGGAGUCCGGUUCCGAAUCUGAUUCUGAAUCUGAUGAUUCAGAAGAAGAAAGAAAUAAUAAAGUCAAAGUAUUGGAGAAGGAAUUACUCGCUCUCCAAGAGAAGAUGAGGAAACUCUUGGAAGAAUCAAAUACUAAGAAAAAGGCGAAAAAGAAAGUAAAAGACAAAACGAAAAAGCCAAUAACCAAUAGUGUCGUGCCUAAGCCCACCCCCGUACCCGCCUAUACUAAAGUUAAUAAUAUUGCUGAAAAUUUGGUGAAUGUUGCAGCGUCGGCCGUGCGCGGCAAGACGGGCAGCAAGCGGGGCGGCGGCGCCGGCAAGGGAAGCUCGCGGGGGGCGCCACCCGCCAAGAAGAAGAGCUCCACGCCCACUGCGGCGCCGCACGUCCCGCCGCCCGACUCCGACGACGAGGACCUCGCUAAGCCCAUGUCAUACGACGAGAAGAGGCAGCUCUCGCUCGAUAUUAACAAGCUACCGGGUGACAAACUGGGUAAAGUGGUACAUAUAAUUCAAAGCCGAGAGCCAUCGUUGCGAGAUUCGAAUCCUGACGAGAUCGAAAUAGACUUCGAGACUCUCAAACCGUCCACACUCAGGGAACUCGAGAGCUAUGUCGCUUCGUGUCUUCGGAAAAAAACACAUCGAAAGGUUUCCGGUAAAUCUAAAGAUGAACAAAUAGCUGAGAAGAAACAGGAAUUGGAGAAGAGAUUGCAUGACGUCACUGGGCAAUUAGGAUCCAAUAAGAAACAACAACCUAAAAAAGAUGGCAAGGACGGCCUGGGUGGAGGCAUCUCCUCUUCAUCAAGUUCAUCAGACUCCUCCAAUUCUUCAUCCAGCACCGACACUUCAUCAUCGGACAGCAGCGACAGCGAAGCAGGUACCAAUAUCGGAAAACAGGCAAAGAAGAAAUUAAAAAAGCAACCUCACCCGCUGCCAUCAUCACAACCUAAAGCGAUAAUCGCGCCCGUCAUAGCACCUGUGGUACCAGCACCGCCAGUUGCCACAGAGGUGCCAGCCGCGCCACCCGCCCCAGAGAAAGAGGAACCAACCCCUACCCCCGCACCCGAAAUUAACCCUCCCGUAGCUUCCGCACCCCUCACUACCCCUGUCCAACCAAUCAUUAACCCUCCCAUUAGUAAUUUACCCGACUCUUGUAAUGUCCCUAUAGUACGCGAACCCGAUAUAAAACCUAUGAAAAUGGAACCUCGCAACGGCCUCGAUAAAGUAGACACGUCACACUAUAUCGAUCCACUGGAACGGUCGUUGGCAAGUCUCGAAAGAAGCCUGCAAGCAGAAGUUCCCUUGGACGAUAGCGUUAGCGCCUCGGAGUCGUCCAUGCGUCUGGACGACUUUAUGAACAACAAACCUUCCAUGAUGUCUGACACGUCGCAUCACAACUUGAUGGCUCAACUAGGCGGACUGACAGAUAUGACUCACGUUUCGGAGCCUAUGAAAAACGAUAUGCAUCUCCCUCAACCGCACAAUGGAUAUGUAGAUAAGAAUAUGCACGAAAGAGAGAUGCCAAGGCCCGAUGUUAACGCGACCUUGGCCGGUAUCACGACGGCGCCAAAUGUUUCGUCAAUAUUCGAUCCAAUUUAUUCGGCUCCUCACAGUCAUCCGGUUACGGCCCAGGCCCAUAUGAAUGUUAUGCCUAGUACGCCCAAUAACAUGGUCCCACCGGCUAUAAAGAAAGAAGACGUGAAGCCCCUCCUCACUCCCAAGCCCAUUGAAGAUCUCAUGAGGGUACCGAGCGUACUUACAAACAAUAUGACGGAAAGAGGGACAGCGCUUGCGCAAAUGUUUAAGACGAAACAAGAGCAGAAUUUGAGAAAUGCGUCGUCGUGGUCCUCAUUAGCGCAAGCAGGAAGCCCUCAGAGUGUUCCUACAACAAUGGGAAAUAAUAAUCAAGUAAAGCCUAAACCUGUUAUGGACAGUUUUCAAGCUUUCAAGAAACAAGCUCGUGAAAAGAUUGAUCGACAAAGGGCACUUAUAGAACAACAAGAAUUAAGAAAGAAGGAACAGGCGGAGCGAGAAAGGCAACGGCAAGAAACAGAAAGACGACAUCCAGAGGAUGAUAAAAUGAGAUUUCAACCGAAGACAAAUAAUGGAGCCUUCACAAGGGGCCUACAAUCUGGUCGAAAGCCCGAAGGUAGCGAGGUUUCAUCGCCCAGCGUGUCUCCCGUAGCGCGUGGUUCUCCUCCAGCCGCGGCCGCGGCAGUCGCCAGUGCGGCGCCAGACAAACCACCUGCUUCCGAGCGAGACCGCCUACGCCAGAGAGAGCAAGAGAGACGGAGGCGGGAAGCUAUGGCUGGUCAAAUAGACAUGAACAUGCAAAGUGACUUGAUGGCUGCCUUUGAAGAGUCCUUGUAAUUAAUUAUAGACUACAUUUUGUUGUAAAUAUAAUAAUUAAUGAUAUCAAUGCAAUUUAUACUUAACGGUGGGCGACACCAGAGUGUAUUUGUGACUUGUUUUGUGUGAAAUCGUUACUAACAUGUGGUUAAGUGCUGUGAAUAGAUAUAUUUACUAAAGUUAAACUGUUGUACGGGCGCCUGCGCUAUGGACCUUACGUUUCGAUGUGUAAUAUAUAAGUUCGGUGUAAACUCUUACAUUCGUAAGCCUAUAUUUAUAUUUUGUUCUAGAAGCGUCUUCUACCUUCCAACUUGUUUUAUAGUAUGUACUAAUUAAAAGUAGUAAUUUGAAAUAUUUAAAAAAAUCAAAAAAAUUAUUUUAAAUAAUAAUUCGUAAAUAGGCAAUCAGCUUAUUAUGAAACAAUGAAUUCUGUUGAUUUUCGUGCAUUUUCCCAUUGCAUGAGGUUUCUUGCUGACUUUCUUAUAAAGAAUAUAAAUUAUUAUUAUGUAAUCUAGUAAAAUAACUUUAACUUUAAUGAAUAAUAAUAUUACAAUUAAAUCUGCAAUGUGAAAAUGACGUUGUGUUUAAAUAGUAAAUGAAAUUUCUGUUAUGUGUUCGAUUUUUGAUAAAUUUUCUUAAUGUUAGUAGAUUUUUUAUCAGCCUGUCGACAGAUCAAAUGUCAUACAUUUGAUUUGAAAUAUAUUUAUUUUACAUUGGAAAAUGUCUUUUCUGUUUUUGUAGUUAGUUAACUCCAGUGGAAAUGUAGCGAGUUUUAUAUGUUUCGAAAGUGUAUGGCGUGAAAACAGCAAUAUACAAACUCAAAAUAUUGUAUAUAAUUAAGCAAAUUUUGUUUCAAGUCAUCAAUUGAACCUCGAAACAAAUUGUAGAUAAUAACGUUAAAAUAUAAUGACAUUCCAUAAUGUAA